UACUCUUCCUCCCACCCUGCGAAUCUAAGCAGAGAAUCGAAACUGAGCUGAUCUCGGUGCAGCUGGAAACUGCGCUGACUUCCGUGCAGCGGGAACCUGCGCUGGGCUCCAUGCAGCAGGAACCCGCAGUAACCGGAUCUCCAGGCCUCCAGCAGGACCCUGGCCCACCCAGCCCACCCACCAUGCCGUCCCCGGAGGCCCUCUCUGAAAGGCAUCAGGCCAGCCCCAGCCACAGUCCAGCAGAGGAAGCCGAAGAGGAGGAGUUCCAGUUCCUGAACUGCCAGAACUGCCAGACCCAAGCCAAGUGCCCCAAGCUGCUCCCUUGCCUGCACUCGCUGUGCUCUGCAUGUGUAGAGGGCCCAGGUCUGCAGUGUCCGAUCUGCCAGGAGCCCCAGCCGGCAGGCUCCGUGCCUGUCCUGGACAACGUGUUCUUCGAGAGCCUGCAGCGGCGCCUGACGCUGUACCAGCAGAUCAUGGACGCGCAGGCCGCCUGCACGCGCUGCAGGGAGCUGGCCGACUUCUGGUGCUUCGAGUGCGAGCAGCUGUUGUGUGCCAAGUGCUUCGAGGCACACCAGUGGUUCCUUAAGCAUGAGGCACGGCCGCUGGCCGAGCUCCGCCAGCACUCGGCACACGAGUUCCUGGACGGCACGCGCAAGUCCAACAACAUCUUCUGCUCCAACCCCAACCACCGCACUCCCACACAGACAAGCCUGUACUGCAGAGGCUGCUCCAAGCCUCUGUGCUGCUCGUGUGCGAUCCUGGACCGCGAACACGGAGACCUCAGGUGCGACAUCAGCACGGAGGUCCAGCUGUGGCAGUCGGAGCUGGAUGCAAUGGCGCGAGCGCUGCAGGAGCAGGAAGGCGCCUUCCAGUCGGUGCACACCCAGGUGCGCUCGGCCAUCAGCCAGCUGGGCCACGCACGUGAGGACACCGAGGAGCAGAUCCGUGCUCAAGUGCGCCAAGUGGUGGCGCACGUGCAGGCGCGGGAGCGCGAGCUGCUGGAGGCUGUGCAGGCACGGUACCAGCGCGACUAUGAGGGCAUGGCUGGGCGCCUGGGCCGCCUAGAUGCUGUGCUGCAGCGCAUCCGCGUUGGGGGCACGCUGGUGCAGAGGAUGAAGAGCUACGCCUCCGACCAGGAGAUGCUGGACAUGCACGGCUUCCUGCGUGAGGCGCUGUGCCGCCUGCGCCAGGAGGAGCCCCAGCACCUGCAGGCCCCCGUGCGCACCGAUAGCUUCGAUGAGAUCAAAGUGCGCCUCCAGGACCUCAUCUCUUGCAUCCCCCAGGGGACAGAUGCAUCUCUGUCCAGGAGAGUCAUCUCAGAGGCCUCCGGCACUCCAAGUGACUCCUCAGUGAGUGACCAGCCCAGUGAGGCACAGAAGGCACAGGCCCUGGCCCUAGGGCUGUCUGAAACCCAGCCAGCUCAAAUGGUACAGAUGGUGCCCAGAGCGUACCCCGUGCCCAUCUAUGCCUUCUCCAUCAGAAGCCCCUCAUCUGGAGAGGUCUCCAGUGCAGCCUCCCCGACCAAAAGAAAAUCCUGCCACACGCAGUGCUCCCGAAAGAUCAUCAAGUUGGAGUCGGAGGAGGACACGGAGUUGCCCUUGGCUCCCAGCCCCAGUGAGCAGCCCAGGCCCAGCACCUCCAGGGCAGUGUCACCCCCGCACCUGGACAGGCCUGCCCAGCCUGAGAGCCCCACCAUGGGAAAGGAGGCCUUGCAGCUCAACAGCACCCAUGUUGCCACAGAGGCAGAUGAGCCCAUCGUGGUGAUCAGCAGCUCAGAAGACUCUGAUGCUGAGAACUCAUCCUUCCAGGAGCUAGAUGACAGCACCAGUGAGUCCAGUGACCUCCAGCUGGAGGGGCCCAGCUCCCUCACUGUCCUGGACCAGAGCCUCACCGACCCUCAGGCAGAAGAGAAGCCCCUGGUGUUCUUUAAUCUCAAGGUCGACAAUGAAACUCAGAAGAUUAACCAGCUGGCGGCUGUGAACCAGGAAAGCAAGUUCCAAGUGCUCAUCCAGCCAGAGGCCUUCAGCAGCAUCUACACCAAGGCUGUCUCUUUGGAGACAGGGCUGCAGCAUUUUCUCAGCUUCCUGAGGUCUCUGCACCGCCCCAUCUUGGCCUGCUAUAAUCUGUGGGGACCCGGUCUCCCUAACUUCUUCAAGGCCCUAGAGGACAUUAAUAAGUUCUGGGAAUUCCAGGAGUCCAUCUCAGGCUUCCUGUCUGCCAUGCCUCUGAUCCGGGAGCGGGUGCCUGGGGCCAGGAGCUUCAAACUCAAGAACCUGGUCAAGACCUACCUGGCAAGGAAUAUGAGCAAACACAGCGCCCUGGCCACCGUGCUGGCCAUGCGUGACCUGUACCGCCUGCUCGAGGUCUCACCUGGCCCGCAGCUGGCCCAGCAUGUCUACCCCGUCAGCACUCUGCAGUGUUUCUCUUCUCUGCAGCCCCUGGUGCAGGCAGCAGCCCUGUCCCGGGCUGAGGCUCAGCUCCUGGCACUGCACAGUGUGAGCUUCCUGGAGCUGUGCAAUGCAUACCGCAGUGACCCACAGCAAGGCCUCAAGAAGUACAGCCACUACCUGAGCCCACAGAGCACCUCAUGCCCUGCACCCUCACACCACCUUCAAGCCCUUAGGACCUACCUGGACCACCUGCUGAAGGAGCCGGCCUAGGCCUGCGUGAAAGGCAGAAGGCAUCUUUUCCAGUCUUACUGGCCCCAAUCAAAUCCUGAGCCAGGCCCCACCUACCCAGCAUUCCUAGUGCCUGAUUCCUACCUAGUACUCUGUAAUCCUUUGGCCCAAAAUCAGUUCCCUUUCUCUGGGACCAAAUUCUCCUUUGCUAAAAACCCUACAGAGGAGGCCAGGCACCCACCCCAGGAGCACCCAGGUCCCCUUUUGAGGAGCCCAAAGCAGGGAGGACCUAAAUGAAGAAGUUGUGUCCUCAGAUCUCUGAGGCCCUGUGGCCUGUCCUUAACACCCACACAUAGGGUGCCCAUGGGUACCCAAAGUGCCUUCCACACCAAGCUGCCCCCACAUUAAAUGCUAGUUCUGCCACUCCCUGCCUCCACUUCCACUCUGUUUUCAUCCUUUAUGGAGCAUAUUCAUCCAAAAGGGGCUUCGAGCUACAGAAAGCUUCUGAAAUUGUGCGCCAUCCCUGUCCCUGCCUGCGCUAAAAUGCUUUUUCCUUCCCACAGUUUUGCUUACAGACCCCUCCCAGCACUGCCGCUACCACAGCCUCCCAAGCAAUGUCACCAUCCAUGGCCUGCAGCACUGGCACCCUGGGACCCAUGGGCUCUGCCGUGGGUCUCCAGAGCAGGGCCUCUGCUGAUAGGGCCAGUAGUUCCUCUCCAGGCAAUUCGAUGCCCACUCGGGUCUGAGAGCCUAGGGAAAGCCUUUGCCCUGUUCCUUUCCCACCUGGAGCACCAGUGUCCCCAUCUGUGAAAGGGGAUGAUUGGCCUGUGGCUGCAGAGCCCAGCUCUCCCAUCUCAGGCUUUUAGCCAUGGGCAGCAGGCCCCCAAAUCAGUAGGUGAGUAAUGUUCUCAUCCCAGAGCCAGGUAGGGGGGAGCAUACCUAUAAUCCCAGCACCAGGGAGGCUGAGGCAACAGGAUUGUUAUGACUUCAAGGCCAGCCUGGCCUACAAAGUGAGGUCAAGGCCAGCCUGAACUACAUAGGAAGACCUUGUUUCAAAAAACCCAGCUCCUAAAUUAAAAAGAAAAAAAAAAAAAAAAACCCAAACUCAUCAGCCCCAGCUUGUGGUACUUCAGAGAUCAGCAGCAAAAUGGGUGUUCAGGGCCAUCCUUUCCCCCAGUGUCCCCUCUCCCCAUUCCUCCUCCUGAGAGCCCAGGUGCCCGCCUCAAUGGUGGUAGCCUUUGCUUUCAUACAGGUAAAGGCUGAGUACCCAUAGCCCUCCCUGUCUAUUGGACGCUCCUAUAUCCACACAGACCCCCUGCAGGAUUUGCUCCCAGCUCAGGUGUGCCUCGAGCCCACAGCAAACUCAGAUGUGUUGCACACAUAGUCCUGUUUCAGCUCCACCUCUGAACAAGUGGUCGAGGGAGGGAAGAGUGAGAAAGAGGGGCUGAGACCUACCCUGGCUGUGCCAACCCCAUUGGCAGCUGUGAGGGCAGCACAGGGACCCUCCUCAUCUCUUGCCCUCAGCCUUGACCACUCCCAUGCUGGCUGUUUUGAGACACAGUUGAUCCCAGAUUUUAUAAUAAAGGGGUACUCUGAUGCUGCCUGCACUGUCACAGCCUUUAAUAAAGAUAGAAUCUA